AUGUUAGCAGCAUCAUGGGUGUCUCUGCGCUGUCUGAGGUCGCAAACGCCCUCGUUAUCGCGCCAAUUCCUCAGGAGAGCUAGCACAGACUCCCCAUACACCCUUCCAUCUGUCCUCCUCGAGCGCGCCCGCAAGCUUGCAGUCGAACAUGGCCAGCUCAGUCAGCAGCUCGCCGACUCCUUCGACCCGAAAAUCGCGAAGCGCGCUGGCGAGAUAGCCGGCGUCGCAGCCGCCCUGAGAGAAUGGGAGACGGCGCAAUCCUCCUUGUCCGAGCUGAGCGGCCUCCUGCAGUCCAAAGACGCUGAAAUGCGUGAAAUGGCUCAGGAAGAACUCAGUGCGACCCACGAGCAGCUAGGCACACUUGGUCACAAGCUCUCGGCGAGCUUGACGCCCAAGGACCCAUACGCGGACCUGCCCUGCAUUCUCGAGUUCCGGCCCGGCCCUGGCGGCGUCGAGGGACGCUUUUUCACAGACUCGCUGUUCAAGAUGUACCAGCUGUUCUGCCAGCGCAAAGGCUUCCGUGCCAAGGUUGUCAAGUACGACACGGCAGAAGGCGCGGGCGACAUGAAAGGCUCCGAUGGCGAGCUGCCCCUACAGGAGGCGGUGCUGGAAGUCCAGGACAACGGCGCGUACGACCUAUUCCGUACCGAAGCAGGAAUACAUCGGGUGCAACGCGUGCCCGUCACGGAGAACAAAGGCCGGACACAUACCAGCGCGGUGGCUGUGUGGGUCCUACCAUCCUUCCCUGAGAACGGCGCCGGUGCUAGCGACUUCAACAAUCCAGAAAGCGAUUUCUACAUCGAACCGAGUGAGGUCAGGACGGAGACCAUGAGGGCGAGAGGAGCCGGUGGUCAGCACGUCAACAAGACGGAGUCGGCCAUCCGCUUAACACAUACUCCAACUGGCAUCCAGGUGAGUAUGCAGGAUCAGCGGUCGCAGCAGGCCAAUAGGGAUGCCGCGUGGAAGAUUCUUCGGUCAAGGAUGGCCAUCGCCCGUCGUGAGGCCAGGGAGGAGGAGGCGAAAAGCUUGAGGGACAGUGUCCUGUCCAAAGACAAGAUCACGCGUGGCGACAAGAUCCGGACGUACAACUACAGUCAGGACCGAUGCUCGGAUCACAGGAGUGGCCUCGAUGUCAACAACCUCCCAGAUGUGCUCGGCGGCGGCAGGACCUUUGACAGGAUCUUGGACAGUGUGAAGGAAUGGCGGCUGGGUAAGGACAUCGAAGCUGUCAUCGAGGAAGAGGAGGCAGUUGUCGCAUUAGACGCGAAGAAGGCGGCCAAGAAGAAAUAG